AUGGCAACCGAGGUGCAGCAACCCGGCACUGGCGAGCCCAGAUUCUCGCGUUACCGUUCCGUGCGGAAAGCGCAGCAGCAGCAACAAUUGCCAGAAAUGCCUGCGCCGACGGAUCAGGAGCCCAUCGAAAGUACGCAAAAUUGCCCCGUUAGCAGGAGCAUGUCAAGAUACCAUCGCAAAGGCCAAGCGACUACAGCUGCAUCUCCUCCACUUUCGGGAUCCACAGCCAUACGCCGUGUAAACACACAACAGUCUCCGCCACCAACAAGCCGUGACGAUGCGCGCGCUCGAGCGCAGAGCAAUGCUGCACAGCAGCAUGCAGGCCUGUCUGACACCGCCUCGCGCCCGCAGAAGAGAACUCAAAUUGAGACAGAGAACGACAGAAAAUCGUCGCCAAAGACACCACGUGACGAGGCGCGAGAGCUGAUCGCCAGCGAAGGGGAGCGUCAGAAGUGCGUUCAGGCCAAACUCAAGGAAGAGAAGAAAGCAAAACACGAAGCCGAAGAGUCGGCGCGUCUGAAGGCGCAGCAAGAGCAAGAAGACGCCCAACGUCAACGCGAGCAGGAGGAGUCGGAAAAGGCCGAGCGCUUGCGACUCGAUCAAGAGAUGGAACGCGCCGCCAAAGCAAGAGCACGACAGAGUGAAGAGCGGCGUCGGCGGGUUGAGGAGCAGCAACGAGUUGCAGACCAAGCGGAGCGGCAAAGGCAAGAGCUUCAAAAGGCUGCUCAGAGCCAGGCGCCUCGUGAGAUUAUAGCCACUGCCCCUGAACCAGCAGUCGUGGAGCCGCAGUGGUACUGUGGGCUGAACAAGUUGUUCAAGAGGCGGGAUGCUGAAGAAUCAUCUCCAUCGCGCGGUACACACGGCAAGACCGCGAUGUCCGGCGAAAGCAGUCCGCCUUCAAGGCCAGCCAAGCCUAGUGUUGGUGGAGCGGCACCGGGCAUUGACGCGCCAAUCUCUGCUGUCAAUGCUGGAGACCGACGCGUUUUGGUCGAAUGCAACAGGUCCUCGGUCCUUCUUCCCGUAACACCCACAACAACUGCGCUAGAUCUUAUACGCUCUGCAUCAACAUGUCUUUCCGAGCCCAUUGACCCCCGAGCGUCGGUGCUGCUCGAGUCUUUCGGCAAAGUGGGCGUGCAGCGCCCCUUGCGAAAUUACGAGCAUGUCAGGGACGUCCUAAACUCCUGGGACGACGACAGGCAGAACAGCCUCGUGGUGGUAGAGUCGGCAACAGGCGGCAACGACAAGGAUCUAAGUGCAUCGCACGUUUCGGAGGAGAAACCAGCGGAGUACUCAUGUUCGGUGUACUACUCGCAGAGGCCCGGCAAGUGGGACAAGCGGUGGAUCACACUUCGUUCGGACGGUCAGGUGCUUGCAGCGAAGAAUGAGAGUGGAAAAGACAGUACGAAUAUCUGUCACAUCUCCGAUUUCGAUAUAUACACACCGACACCGCGGCAGAUAGCAAAGAAAAUCAAGCCUCCGAAGAAAAUCUGCUUCGCGAUCAAAAGCCAGCAAAAAUCAAGCAUGUUCAUGACGACCACUAGCUAUGUGCACUUCUUCUGCACUAGCGACAGGCAAAUCGGCACUGCCUUCUACAAGGCGGUCCAAGGCUGGCGAAGCUGGUACCUAGUUAACGUGAUGGGCGAGGGCCAGAAGAAAGCACGACCAGCUGCUAGCGAACCAGCUGCUGUUCGACAGCUCUCGGGCGCUCACGACGUCCCUCCGAGCGGCGAGAGGUCCACCUCCUUCAGUGGAGCUCGACCAGGCACCUCGACUUCCCAGGACUCCCACUACCAGCUCGGCUCAUUCAAGCCUCUACUGGAUAUAUCCCAAUUCAGCCAGCAACCCACCGGCGACCGGCGAAACAGCUCAAGUGGGCACGAUGACCCCACAACACUACCUGCCCGCAAGCCGUCCACACGUUCAAAACACCCGCCCCCAGUCUCCUACCCCACCCACGUCUCUAAAAACUCCAACACCAGCAACCGCCUCAACUCCAUCCAAAGCAGCCACCACUCCGGCCCCGAGGAGUCCGCCUUCGCCCCCUCCGGCCUCCUCGGCCGCACCUACUCGCAGCGCCAAAAGGUUCAACGAGACCGCGACGCCCUCGCCGCGAAAAACGCCAGCAGCCCCUUCACCGAGGGGCCUUCGUUGCUCAACAUCAGCGUCGCCCCCUCCGCCAACCCCACAGGCACAAGCGCCGCAUACAUCCCCCGCGCCUCAACCGACGACACCCGCCCCACGCGCAUGACCUCCGUGCGCUCCACCCGGGGCCGCGACCGCGACUCCAGCGACCUAGCCCGCACGACCUCCGGCGCGCGCCGCGAGAAGCCCAAGCCGCUGGUCGAUCUGACACCGCAGUACGUCGAGCCGCCGCAGUUCUCGAAGCGCGGCAAGGGCUUCAAGCCCGAGCAGCUCGGCCCAGGCGGGCUGAUCGACAGCGCGACAUCGCCCGAGUUCGCGAUCACGAUUCCGCCGAGUCUGGACUGGCGGGCGCGGCCCACCACGGGCGCCGGUGCGCAGGGUCAGGGCGCGGGGUUCGGUGCCGUGGUGGACCGCACGCGCAGCCUCCGUGGUCCUGGAGGCACGAGGUUGCAGAGCCUCGCGGCGAAUAACCACGAGAAUGUGCCGGAGAACAGCGCCGAUGCGUUUACGGGCCAGGGCCUGUUGGCGCUCGCGGGGCCUAGCCAGGGGGAUGCGGCGAGGGGGCAUGGGGUGAUGAGUGGGGCGAAUGCGAGGGGGCCGAUGCUGGAUGUGCGGGAGGAGAGUCAGUUUGUGAAGGGGAGUUUGCUUGCGGAUGUGGAGGGCCGCACUCCGAGGGGGUUGGUGAUUGAUCGGGAGAAACGAGUUGAGGGGGACGUAAGGACGGGGGAGGGGUUGUGA